AUGCCCAAUUCAAUGAAAGACCCACUUAAUGAAAAACAGAGUGAGACAGGCACAAACGACCGACCAGAUUCUAUAAGGACAACUACUACAAUGAUGCCUGAGACAAAUUGGAACAGUAUUUACACAGCAAGUAUGCUUUCCUUUAUUGGAACAGUCCAAUUCUCACUUUAUUUCUCUUCAAUGUGGCCAUACGUACAAAUUAUUGACCGCUCAAUAAACGAAACAAUGUUUGGAUGGAUUAUAGCAAUAUACAGCGUUGGACAAAUAAUUUCUGCCCCAUUAUUCGGCUAUUGGAGUAACAAAAUUCAACAAGUCCGUCUUCCCCUUUUUGUUGGACUAGCACUUAUGUUUAUGGGAAAUCUUUGUUAUCUGAGCUUAGAAUUAACAACAAUACCCAAAUUAUAUAUUCUUUUAUUUGGAAGGUUUAUGACGGGGAUGGGCUCUGGGAAUGUUUGUUUAUUGAGAACAUAUGCCUCAACAGCCUCCACUAGCAAGGAUCGUUUAAGAGCUAUAGCUUUUGUCACUUGCGGGCAGGCGCUAGGUGCAACCAGUGGUCCCGCAUUCCAACUUUUAUUCACUUCAUUUACAUAUCCGGGCACUACACUCCUCGGACAUUUACGAUUUAAUUUGUUUACUGGACCUGCAUUUUUGGCUUGUACAAUGAAUUUAUUUGGUACAAUUAUUUUGCUAUUUAUUUUCAAAGAAGUAUAUGCGGGUCUGCACCAUGAAGAAUAUAAUAAAAUUGUUCGGGUUGAAAAUGGGGAAAGCAACAGAUCAGAAACAGCUACAACAAAGGCAAGUUUUACGAAAAUUGUAAAACUUGGCUCAGUAAAUUCUCUAACAUCUUCAUUGCCUUCAAAAUUACCCCCCUACGAUUUAAUUGCUUGUUUUGUUUGUUAUCUAAGUCGAUUUACCCAAAUGUUUGUCCAAACAAAUUUGGAAACAAUAGGAAGUCCUUUUUCUAUGACAAUGUUUGGAAUGACUGAACAAAAAUCCGUGGAAGUUAUUUCUAUUGCCCAAGCAUUGGUUGGCUCUAUAACUUUUGCUACUUAUAUUUUUUAUAUUUAUUUUAAAUCUUCGAAUAUGGAAUUAAAUUUCCGACUAAGUUGUAUUUUGUCUAUAUUAGGCCUUGGAGCUUUUCAUAUAGUGACUUUUCCGUGGCCUUUCCUAAGCAAUCCGCUUCAAGUUUAUACAGAGAAAGAAAGACUUGCUUAUAAAGUAGAACAUUUACCUGCUGACUUGGAACCUGUUGGGUGUAAUACAGACAAAUUUGAGUGGGUUUUUAAUAUUAUUGUAAAUUAA